AGUGUCUCGUCGUUAAAGGGUUAAAAAUAGUGAUCGUUACAAAAAAAUUAAAAUAUUAGUUCAAAGAAUGACCAUUAGAAGAUAAAAGAGCGCUGUCAGUCAGAGAACGCCGUGAAAAGAACAGCGUCUUGCACAAUUUGUCUAUUUCUCACGAUUUUCUGACUAUUUUCCAUUUUUUACGUGCUAAAAGUCUAAAAGGAAGGAAUAAUGGCAGCGUUGCUGGAUGGAGUGUUUGAGGGAGACCUGCAGAAGAAAGUAUCCUCUGCUAAGAUUCUCGUGGUCGGAGCUGGUGGAGUGGGAUGUGAAGUACUAAAGAAUCUCGUCAUGUGUGCAUUCCAGAACAUUGAGAUUAUCGAUUUGGACACCAUUGAAGUCAGCAAUCUCAAUCGCCAAUUCCUCUUUCACCGCGAGCAUGUAGGCAAGUCCAAAGCUCAAGUGGCUAGGGACAGCGCAUUGGCCUUCAAUCCUGACACUAACAUUGUAGCUCAUCAUGACAGUAUUACGGAUACAAAGUUUGGCGUUACGUACUUUCAGGGCUUUGAUAUUGUCCUGAAUGCCCUUGAUAAUCGUGUGGCGCGAAAUCAUGUCAACAGGAUGUGCCUGACCGCCAAGGUGCCCUUGAUUGAGACUGGAACUUCAGGGUACAAUGGACAGGUGGAGUUAAUUCAGAAGGGGGUUACUCCUUGCUAUGAAUGCACUCCCAAGGCAAAAGAGAAGACGUUCCCCGGCUGCACCAUCCGGAAUACCCCUUCAGAACUUAUUCACUGCAUCGUCUGGGCUAAGCACUUGUUCAAUCAGCUCUUUGGUGAGGACAAUGCUGAUGAAGACGUAUCUCCAGACACUGCAGAUCCUGAGGCAGCUGGAGAGGCUGGUCAGGAGGCCCUCGAGGCCAAAUCGAAUGAUGUGGGAAAUGUGGAGAGGCAGAGUACUAGAGCUUGGGCACAGAGCAUUGACUACGACAGUGAGAAACUCUUCAAUAAGCUCUUCCACGAUGACAUCAGGUACCUCCUGAGCAUGUCGAAUCUCUGGAAGAAACGUACCCCACCAGACCCUAUUAAGUUUGGUGCAGUAGGCACUGGGUCCGCCCAAGAGGACUACAAGGGUAUGGCACGGGAUCAGAAGGUUUGGAGUCUAGAGAAGAGCACUCAAGUCUUUGCUGAAAGUGUCUCAGCCCUGAGGACAGCACUGAAAGCCCUUCAAGCUGGAGAUACACUUGUCUGGGACAAAGAUGACAGCGAUGCAAUGGACUUUGUCACAGCCUGUGCCAACAUCCGGGCCACAAUUUUCCACAUUGCUACGAAAAAUCGCUUCGAAGUAAAAUCAAUGGCAGGGAAUAUUAUUCCAGCCAUUGCCACAACAAAUGCUAUUGCAGCUGGUGUGGCUGUUCUGCAUCUACUGAAAGUGCUCAGGAAUCAAAUAUCAUCCUGUCAGUCGGUCUACAUGCGCCUCAGGCCCAAUCCUCAGAAUCAAAUUAUCGUCAGGGAGAAAUUUUUGACAAAACCGAAUCCUGAUUGCGCCGUGUGCAGUGUAAAGCCCCAAGUCAUUGUACGCGUGAAUGUGGCCGAGAUGCUAAUUGGAGACUUUCGAAAGAGCGUCCUGCUGGAGAAACUUGGCACCAAGACACCUGAUGUUAUCCUCGAUGGAAAAGGCUCCAUUGUGAUUAGUUCAGAAGAAGGAGAUGAAGAUCUCAAUGAUGAGAAAUUACUGCAGGAAAUGGGUAUUGUUGAUGGUUGCAUAUUGAAGGUGGAUGAUUUCCAGGAUAACAAUCAGAUUACUCUGGUGAUUGUAAAUGACGAGAAACAGGAUGGAAAAUCUUUUGAAGUGACUAUUGAUGCUGAGGUGGAAAAGAAAGCACCAUCUGGCGAAGAGAUCUCACGGGAGGAAGAGCAGGAGGAGCCCGUGGCCAAAAAGGCUCGUAUUGAUAAAUCAGAAGAGCCCAAUAAGAAGGAAAACAACGUCCCAGGUAGCAGCAAGCAAACUGUGGAAGAUUCUGAUGAUGAUUUGGAAAUUGUGGAGUCAGAAGAUGAAAUUCCGGCUCCAGCAACGACAUCAGGUGUUAAGAGGAAGCAAGCCCCGGAAGAGGAAGAGCCAGUUGAAAAGAGAAAAAAGGUGGUUGAACCUACGACAACUGUUGAAGAUGAUGAAGAUGUGAUUCUUGUGGAGUAGAAGCAAUCCCUGGACCACCAAGUUCUUAAUAUUAUAUUUAUCCAAAAAACCUUCAAUUAAUUUAAAAUGUCUCAAUAAAGGGAAUAUAAUGAAAAUUUCAAUAAAAUUCGUGAAAUUCAAA